UGCACAGAUUCUAGUGCCUCCAUAAUGAAGGUUUGGUUAGUCGCAGCUGUGAUAUCUUCCAUAGCUGGGUCUCUUGUGGCUGUUAAAGAUCAAUGCGAAGGGGACAGCUCGUCAAGUUGUUGUUCAGGAGGCGACUUUAGUCCUACCAAUCCUUUCAGCACGCUGGGUAAAAAGCUGGAUGAGUUGCUGGAUUUGAUACGAGCACAAGUUCUUCAAUGUGGUGGAGGUAAAUGAGAUUCUGGCCCCUUCUUAGUGCAGAAGGCACAGGACGCGUCACAAUAGAACACAGCCUACUUACAUAAAAUAUGCAACACAAGUUUAUUAUGUCAUGCGUUUAGCUAUUCAUGUGUGACAUUACAUUAUAAAAUGCCACGCCAGCUAAUUUACAGGUACUCCACAUGAAUAAAAAUUAAAUUUAGAAGUAAAUACUCUAACAUAAGAAUAAAAAUGUUGAAAUUUUGAAAAAGAUGAAGUCAGGAUCGUAAAAUACAAUGUAAAGUUAUUUCAUGUUAUGCUAAGAAGUAAAAACGAUAAUCGUAUAUACUAAAAUAAUAUAACAGUAAUAAAAACGUUAGGUUAAAAAGCCCAAAAGAUCGAUGUUUUUAUACUGUACUGAAGGCCUUGGAAGUUCCAACGGUUCUGUGCAACUCUAGUAGCACAUUCCACUGCUUUGGCGCUACGUAACGCCACGAUUUCAGUCCGUAAGUUGUGGCGUUGCAGCUUUAGAAUGUUGGUUCUCCUCACAUCGUAUUUAAAAUCUAAUAACUUUUUUUUUAUGCUUUUAAAAAUGAUCGUAAUAAAUAUCUCUAAAAACCGUACACAUUACUUUUGCGAGUCUUUGAUUAGUCAAUGCCAGUAUGCCUAUCUUUUUGAGUUGUUCCUGAUGGUGCAUUUUUUUUCGUUAGAAACAAAUCGGGGGGUCGGAGAGCACGUUCGUUAAGUGAAAAAAGAGCCGGUUUUUGUACUGGUAAUUUUACUGCAGAAGCGCCAGGUCUCAGAACAAUAGUUGUAAUGGAGAAGGAUGAAAGCAAAAUAGAUGUUUUUUCUUGAUUCAAAGGGAAUUUUUUUUUUCAUAGGCUUAAGCACAGCAACUUGCUGAGAGACUUCUGGCUACUAACCUUUUGUUUCCAUUGUUUUUCUCGUUUUUUGUCUUUCUUGUUCUCUGUUGUUUUACCUCAUCCGUAUCUUCCACACUAAGUGAGAGCCCUUUUUCCAUAAUUAGAACUAUUUGACACAUGGUAGCCUGGUGCGCUAGGUCGAGAGAUCUGAGUUCGAAGCCUGGCCGGGUGUUGUGUUGUGUUUUUAAGCACAAAACUUAAUUCCCACAAUGUCUCUCUUCAUCUUGGACUCUUAAAGAAAAACUAGGAGUUAAUCUCUGUCGCCAAGAGAGCCACUUGGUUGGAGUGAAAUCUUAAACAAAAUUUUUUAUACAGAUGACUGUGUAAGACUAUCGUGCGACUGAGGGACAUUACAAAUUUGUCUCCAUUUAAGAUAUGUUUUCUGCUCGCCAAAAACUUUUAGAGGAACUUAUGAGCAGGAGAGAUUAAUCAUAGAUUGAAAUAAGUGGCCAACCCGCUUGAAGCCAUGAGAUAGUUCAUAGUUUUUUUUUUCUUUUUGAUACCAUAUUCCAGGUCGUGCACUAGAGACUACGCCCAAGUCGUGCAAGGAAGUUGUGGACAAUGGAAGGUUAGUAUAUGAUGAAGCUGAAUUCAGAUCAAGACCACGUAAAAUAAUUAAUUGUUGUAAUACGGAACACCUCUAUAAGACACGGUGAGUUGAGGUUUGAGGCGGAGCUUCGUAUCAAAACUGACUCUUGCUCAGUCAGACUACAAACAGUAACUAAUCUUUCCCAGCGUAAUCCGUCACGUAGUUAAUAUAAAUCGACUAAAAAUUAAUAUCUUUGCACCACAUGAAUUCUCGGAAGCGAGACGCGCGGAAGGAGAAACUGGUGCUGAGUCUUGAAGACUACUCGAAGUCUAGUCCCUAGUCGUCAACAUAACGCGCGCGGCAUGAGUGUGCUAAGAGGACAAUGAACCACCAAAAACUGGAAACAUAAUGAGUCAGCUGGGAUCGAACCUAAAACACUCAGUUAGAAGAAAGAACAAUCCAUACAGUACUUCUCUAACCUUCAUUAGGAGACAUUUUAUGUGGACACCGGGGAACUCGUUUAAUCGUAACUAAGUUUAAUAGGACAAGGGCCACAAAGCUCGACCUCUCACUAGAUUUUGAGUCUAACGGAGGAUAUUCCAAUAGCAGAUUACAAUACUAGUUAACUUGGAUCUAGUAUAGGUAUCUGGAAAUAAGUAUGUGGGGAGAAAAUAUUCCGGAGACCUCUCCUUUAACACAUUCCCUAAAAUAUUUCUAUGGCCCUCAAUUACAACUACCCUCACUAUAACUAUUUUCAUAACACUUACUAUUAUAAAUUAUUAUUACUGUAGGUGUACCUUUUGUUAUUACCAUUGAUAUUGCUAGUCUCAUGAAUACUGUUUUCCAAUCAGAUCCGAUGGAAACAAAGCCUACACACUGGAUGUUGGAGGCAAAAAGAUGCCCGUUUUCUGUCAGGUGACUCCACUUGAAGGCUGCGGAGGAGGUGGAUGGACGAUGGUCAUGAAAAUAGACGGAACAAAGGUAUCAGUUACAAUAGCAACGAUCACGAAAUAAAAACUGUGGUCUUUAUCAAAGGACUCAGGGAAAAAAGAAAGCAUUCUAUUCUAUCUAGUACCCAGGACAGUUUACUUCAUCUUUUAGUACAUACCAUACAGUUUAAUAAGACUUUUCGCGCGCGCUGACUGGCUGAUUUGGAAGUGAUUAGCAAGUGUCAUUCACUUCCGAGCAAUCAAAGAAACAAAAUUGCGCGUCAACAAUUCAGUUUCCGACCUUCCUUUUUUUUUUUUUUUUUUUAGAAUUGCUUUACAAUUUGAAUUUCCUAUGUUGAAAUCAAAUUUGACGGCUGCGGAGAAAAAAAAGUUUCUUGCUAAAAAACACUUUUCAGGGAUUAAAAGUAAAAACUGGGGGAGGGAAGAAAAAUCACAGUAGGUCGUGGAUCAUGUGUUGGGAAGGUUUUAACACAUCUACGGGUACAUCAAUACAUUGAUUGAUUGAUUGAUUGAUUUAUUAAUUACUUCAUUCGUGCAUCAAUUCAUUCUCCUUUUCACUGAUUCGUUUAUUCGAUUCACCGAGUCAUUCAUUAAUCCAUUCUAUCUGUCCAGUUAUUUAUCAAGUGAUGAUAUUUUUCUGUUUUUUACCCUUGAUUUAUUUAUUCAUUCAUUCAUCAGUAUUUUUUUUUUUUAAAAAGUCAUGUUAAAAAAUUGAUUUUUUAGAAACACUUCACUUAUGAUUCUGCCCUGUGGACCGACCUGAUAACGUUUAACACUCAUGGCGGGGAGACUGGGUUUGACGCACACGAAACAAAGUUAUCGACCUACUGGAAAACACCCUUCUCUAAGAUCUGUGUUGGUAUGAAGAUUGGAAAUGAUCCAGUCAGAUUCCAAGUCAUCGACCAACAUGCCACCUCUCUCCAUUCACUGAUCGCUGAUGGCGAAUAUCGGGCCACCUCACUGGGACGAGACGCGUGGAAGGAUCUGAUUGGCCCCCACGCCUCCUUACAGCGUAACUGUAACAGAGAAGGGUUCAAUGCUGAAGCCGACCGAGAUAACCUUUCAAAGGCAAGAAUUGGUAUCACUAGUAAUAACGAGAAUGAUUGCAACACUAAUGAUUCCAGGAUUGGAUUUGGUACUGCAGGGUAUCCUGACGAGCACCAGUCGUGUGGGAACGUAGCGCGACAUGGUGGUGACAAUGGAGACAAGACCACCCCAGCCAUGGGAUACAUCUUGGUUCAGUAAGAUGUUCAC